GGUCGCGGCCGCACGCGUAUUCUUUCAUCUCAGUUCGCGCGAAAACAGAAUUCACAGAUUAAAAAGAAAAAUAAAUAAAUCUCUAUGAGAGAUAUACAAAACAAGUGGUGCGCGUACUGGCCGGUAUUGGGUGUUUAAAAAAGUUAAAUUUAUGCCAUUGUCGAACGCGUCCGAUCAUUCGGCCAGGAUUUAUGCAAGUAACUCUAAGAAUUAAAUAAAUUUAGGUUACAUAACAAAAGCGUUGAUGAAUACGAAAGUGAUUAACAAAAAUGGAAAAAGAUAUAAAAUCAGAAAAGAAGAUGGACAAACUGAAGAAUCGAUUCAUGAAACUGCAAGAGAAAAUCCAAGACACCGUAGAAGAUUUUCAAGACCAAGUGCACAAUAAAAUGGAGAAAUCAAAGAUAACCAGAUUCAUUUCGCAUUUGUCUGAAGACAAGAGUUCUGUUGAUAGUGCUGAAGAUGGUAAAAGUAUAGGUGUUUGUUCAAUUAACUCUGAACUACUGAAUGCUAUACCUUCUCUUGUACUAAAUGUGGAUCCUCAUAGUGAUCCAAAAGAUGUUUGUGAGAAUUUUCUGUCUAUUGAAAGAAAUGACGGAAGUCCUAUAAGGAAAUGUCUCUCUGCUUUUAAUUUGAGCUACACAGAAGACACUGUCCGAAGUUCCAGUGAAUCUUGCCUGUCAGGCGUUACUUCUAGUGAUGAAAGUGCGGUAGCAGAAGUGGCAGUGUCAAUAUUAACUCCAUCGAAAACUACAUCAGAAAUAAGACCUCGAGCAGGCAGUCUCCCUCCAGAUGGUCGUGUCAAUUUGGAUAUACCAACAGCGAUCAAUACUUGCACAGAAUUGAUAGAGAAAUUUGGAAACCGCUUCCCAACUUUCAAAAGUGGAGGAGAUAAGAUUCAUAGGUAUUUGCUGAAAAACACCCGUCUGAGUGAUGUGAACAAGAGGUUGAAGGCCCAAAUCUGGAGUUCAGUGGUCACCAUCGUGUUGGUUGAAGCGAAGAAUCUGCCAGCCAUGGAUUUAGAUACAAGGUCUAGCGAUCCUUAUUGUAAGUUUAGGUUAGGCAAUGAGAAAUACAAGAGCAAGGUUGUUUGGAAAUCUUUGCAUCCGUCGUGGCUGGAGCAGUUCGAUCUUCAUCUGUAUGAUGAUCAGGAGCAGAUCCUGGAAGUCACUGUGUGGGAUAAGGAUAAGCAGACUAAGGACGACUUUUUGGGGAGGUGUGCAAUAGACCUUUCAAAGUUGGAGAGAGAGAAGACACACAGCAUCUGGCAAGAGCUAGAAGAUGGCAAUGGACAGAUCUUCCUUCUUCUAACAAUAAGUGGAACGACGCAAUCUGAAACUAUAACAGAUCUGACUAGCUAUAGAGAAAACCCUAGGGAUCUUGAAAUUAUUGAAAGGAGAUAUACCUGGUACCACCUAAACGAGCAGUCAAGCGGUGUGGGAUGGCUUUGUGUGAAAGUGUAUGGAGCUAAAGGUCUGGCCGCAGCAGACUUGGGUGGAAAAUCAGAUCCGUUCUGCGUUCUGGAGCUGGGGAACGCGAGGCUCCAGACCCAUACGGAGUAUAAAACGCUAUCGCCGAAUUGGAUGAAAAUAUUCACUUUCACAGUCAAAGACAUCUGUUCAUAUCUUGAGAUUACCGUAUACGACGAAGACCACGACCACAAAGUGGAGUUCUUAGGGAAGCUGAUCGUACCAUUAUUGACAAUAAGAAACGGAGAGAAGAGAUGGUACGCUCUAAAGGACAAGAAGAUGAGAGCGAGGGCGAAAGGGAACUACCCCCAGAUAUUGUUAGAGAUGAAUGUAAUUUGGAAUCCUCUAAAAGCGGCUAUACGGGCUGUGAAUCCCAAGGAACCCAAAUACAUGCAUCAGGAGGCUAAAUUCAAGAGGCAGUUGUUCAUAAGAAAUGUGAUGAGGUUAAAGGCAAUCAUAAUGUGGUUUAUAGAAGUAGGGAAAAUUUUACAAGACUGUUUCGAAUGGGAAUCCAAGUUGCUGUCGUUCAUCGGUUUGUUGGCGUGGCUCGCUUUCUGCUAUUACUAUGAGAUGUGGAUGUUGCCAUUUCUACUUCUCGUCUUCUUUACUAGGAACUGGCUCAUUUACAGGCUUACUGUUCAAUUAAAACGUUCCUACAAGAAUUAUAAAAGUAAUCCAUUGGAAUACAUAAAGAAAAUAUUCGGUAGAGGCAAUCCUUUGUUACUACCGGUGGAUGAUGAUGAUCUUCUAGCAGAAGAGGACGAUGAAGAUGAAGCGGAUAAGGAGGAAAAGAAAUCAUUAAAAGAGCGACUACAAGCCAUACAAGAGGUCACACAAACUGUCCAAAAUGCUAUAGGCUAUGUAGCGUCCUUUGGUGAAGCUGUAAAAAACCUCAUGAACUUUACAGUGCCAUAUUUAAGCUACUUGGCGAUUAUAAUGUGUUUCGGGGCGAUGUUAGUUUUAUACAUGAUACCCUUAAGAUAUUUAUUAAUGGCAUGGGGUAUUAAUAAAUUUACGAGAAAGAUCUUGAGACCACACACUAUACCGAAUAACGAAGUAAUAGAUUUACUAUCGAGGGUGCCGGACGACGAAAUUUUAUUGGACUGUCGAGAACUGAAGCCACAUCCACCAAGCGAACAUAGAAGAGAUGUAAGAAAGAAACAUAAGGCUUCGUAACAGACUAAGAACUGGAUCCAACGAAGGAUCAAAUAUUGUGCUUCGAAAAUUUCAUCCAGUAAAAUUAAAUGAAUAAUUUUAAACCACCCACAAACUGCAAUGUCGUCUAAAUAAAUUUUAUAUCCAUUUAAAAAUUAAACGAAUGUUGUAUAUUUGUGCGAGUAAACACGAAUAGAUAUAAAUAAAAGCCAAAUGAAACAAAAUAAUUUUGUUUUUAAGGUGAAAAGGCAUAUAAUGCAUUUAAAUAAGUCUUUAUACAACA